AAGCCACCAAAGCAAGCGCGGGCUGCAGGAGCUUCAAGAGUAUUCUUAGCAUUAGAGUUGUUUUAUUAUUGGGGCCGCUUUGCAGCCCCGACGGGGCGGGGCGUCCUCAUCGCGGUGCAACCCAGUGGGCUGCCAAGAGGAGCGCGCUUUCUCCUAUUGCAUGCGUGCCAGAAAAGGGUGGAGGGUCGCAAGGGGCGGCGGCCUUCUUUCUCCCCCCCCCUUUUUUUACCUCGCAACACAAAAGGCCUGCCCCCUUCCCUGCUGCCUGCAUUUAGCUAGAGGGAGGAACGGAGAGUGGGAGGGGGAGAUCGCCCCUCUCCUCCGGUUCUUCCUCGACGCGCAGAGAGGGAAUCGUGGCUUGCUUCUCUGCGCGCAUGCAGUGAUAGGAAGGGUGGGUGGAAGAGAUGGGAUCCUGAGCCUCUCCCACCCAGCGCCGAAGCCUGAGGGUUGAUGGCUUCACCCGUCGGGAAAAGAGGGAGCAGCAGCGCCCCAGCCGUCGCGCCUGCUGCAACCGAGCUAUGCCGAGACCCGCUGACUGCGGCGAUGAGCAGCUCCAAGCGGAGGGAUCUCGACGGCGACCCAGCCGUUCGUCGCUGAAGCGGACGUGCCCUGCGCCCCCCGCGCCGCUCUCCAUCUCCUGGGCAGACGGGCCACUGGGGCGAGGGGAGAGGAGGAGAGCUCCUCCUUGCCUGGCUGCGUUCACCUUGCCAGGGUAAAGGGUGGUGGGAGAAGAGGCGGCGACACAUCCUACCCCACCCACCCGGUUGCAUGCGGGGGAGGCGAAGGACCAGAGGCUCCAUGGCGCCCCUUCCAUGCUAUGAUCCCAAGGUGGGGAGCCCGGCAGAGACAGUUUCCCACCCCUUUUGCAGGCCUCGUUGAUCUCGCAGGAGCAGGUAAGCGCGAGGGUUUGAUUGACUGGUCGGCCCUAAGCGAUUGUGCAUCCUCAUCCCUUUCCACUUAAAGCGCAAGCCAGAUGUCGCGCCUGCCCCCACCCUCCCAAGCACUUCGGUAAAUGGGGCGGCUGUGGUGCGCACUGUCAUGCGAGGAGUGCCGGCUCCCUGCAGGGAAUGCUUGUCGAAAGAGACCCUCAGAUCUCAUUCUGGUGAAAUUCCUUCCCUUUCCACGAUGCUCCUGGCCGAUGUUCUAUUUUUAAAGAGAGCACACUAUUCCAGAAAUGCAGAGGGAUCCUUGGAUUAUGUGGGGUUGUUGCAGAAAUCCCAUCUGAGGGCAUUCCUGGGAUAUAGGAAGUGAGUUCCCUGAGAGUGGAUUCCUCAAUAUAUACUGGAAAGGGGCAACUGACUCAUUUAUUACAUUAUAAAGAAGAGGACAGACGUGCACACCCCUUGCAAGCAAGCUUGCUUGUGGCAGAAUCUGGCAUACAUCUCGAAAGAGUUUGUGCAUUUGAGUUACUAUUAAUGAAAUCUGAGCUAUGAAUGCCCUCCCUCCUGCACCUGGCCUGUGAAGUUCCUUCCCAAGCCAAUUGGUGUCAAUUAAAUGGGAUUUACUUAGGUUAGAUCACUUUGUAAGAGGAAAUUGGCAGCAAAUUAUGCUGCCCUUCUGGACUUGAAGCUUUUAACUGUGAUGCUUCUGACAUCUUGCCCAAAUCUGUUUUUCUACCAGCAGUUCUUCUGUAACUUGGAUGAUAGUUUUCAAAAGUCUGUUCCAUGUGGAUUUUUGUGUAGAAGGAUACUGAGUUCAUUCAAGACUGGUGCUGAGAAAACUCCAAAUUCCUGGCCUUAUCAUUAUUUAAGUGCAUGACUUUUGCACCUGACAUUCAUUGGCGAAUCUCAGAUUUCUGGAAAAAAUGAAGUAUAUCCCACUAGCCUGAAGUCUGUGGUUUGAAAUAACCCUUUGUUCUGAAACUGUGUGUUUCUGGAAAACACCUUUAAAAGCUAUAUAGAAUCUGGGCAGUGGUGUUCAGUAUGUUAAGCACAAGCUAUUGAGAAUAUAGAUACAGUACGGCUAAUGCAUCAGCUAGUGGUACUUAGGCAGAUUUGACGUAGAGGUAUUUUAAGUAGCCAGAGCACCACUGUAAUGAGCAACAAUAAUAUCCUUCUCAAUUACUGGAUACAAACAUAGAAUCAUGGAAUUGCAGAGUUGGAAGAAGCUGACAUUCACACCAUUGCCCUAGGAAUUCUUGUUGGCCAACCACGAGCAACCUUUCAGUUCCUACACCAAGGUACAGCGGUGGGGCAAGCUGAUCAGGCACCUGGGCAGCACCCAGGGGCGGGGCCAGCUGCCUGUGGGGGCGGGGCCAGCCAGGGCAGGACGCUCUGCGGGGCCUCCAAGGAGUCUGCCUGCCUCCUCCCACCCAGCUGCCCUGCAGCUGAGGGGGAGGCAGUGGGCAGACUGGGCAGCGCGGAGCCUGUGCGCGCCCAAACCACCGCGUCUCUCCCAGGAGAGAUGCGUGGCAUGGGUGCGCUGCAGGCCCUGCGGUGAGUGCUACCCAGCAUUUUGUCAUCACCCUCAGUGGUGAGACCUGGGGCAGACCACCCAUAUUGCAGCCCCUUCCUCCGCCACUGCCAAGGUAUGUUUUUGAGCCAGUCCUGAAAGAUAAGGGAGAUCUGAAAGAAGAGCCCAUGAUACUUUGAGCCCAGUACUGCUCCAGGUGUAAAUCCAGAGUAGGGCAACGGACAUAGGCAGUGCUCUUUUGACAAAAUAAAAUAAAAUGAAGUGCCAGUACUCGUAUAUUGAUAAAAGUGUCAUGGGUAUCAGCACAAAAUAGCUGCCCUGGGUAGCAAAAUAAAACAAGUGCCAAUACUCCAUCCCAGUGAGAUUUGUCACCAAAAAAGCCUUGGAAAAAAGCUUAGACUCAAUACCAUAUGUGUGCACAAAUUUCUUCUAUUAAAAAAAUGGUUUUGGGGUGUGGGUGUGUGUUUUGUCUGCAUACUUAUUAAGAUUUAAUUGAUUUAAAGUUAUUAGAACUCAUAUACCGGUAAUUAAUUGACUAAGUCUACAGUUCUAUGCACACUUCCUUCAGAGUCAGCCCCAUAUAAGCAUCUUGUACUGUAAGCUCCUCAGAAAGAUUUGUCUGCACCUCCAAUUUGUAGACUCUAUGUCAGGUGUGGGUCCCCAAAGUGUGUUCUGUGAGCUCCAUUUAAGUGAUUUGCGGUGGCAGCCCUGAGGAACAGCAUAGUUACGUGUGUGUGAAGAAAGGUGGAUGCACAUGUGAAAAAGGUGGGUGCAGCAGGUGCUCCAUCAUUCUUGGAACCUGGCUGUCUGUCUAGAAGGUGGGCAAGACCGACCAGAAAUGAUGAGGGUGUGGAGAUUUUUCCUUCCUAGGAGGAAUAAAGCAAGACUGACAAGGCACUUGAAAGGAGUGGAGAGUUGAUACGUGGGCAGCAGCAGGAUGAAUGAUGAAUCCUCAAGAUGACAAAUCAGAGAACUUUGUUCAACACUUACAGACACAUCCAUAGCAUUAAAAUGCUCCUGCUGAUUUUUACCGUAUUUUUCGCCCUAUAGGACGCACUUUUUCCCCUCCAGAAAUGAAGGGGAAAUGUGUGUGCGUCCUAUGGGGUGAAUGCAGGCUUUCGCUGAAGCCUGGAGAGUGAGAGGGGUCGGUGCGCACCGACCCCUCUCGCUCUCCAGGCUUCAGGAAGCUCUGCGCAACCCUCGGGAGACCGGCUCCGAGGGUUGUGCAGAGCUGCCUGCAGUCCUGGGAUCAGCGCAGGUCUGCGCGGCCAUCGGGAGCUGGGCGUGAAGUCCCGCCCCGCUCCGGAUGGCCGCGCAGAGCUGCCUGCCGUCCCCGGUUCAGCGCAGCUCUGCACGGCCACCGGGAGCCGGGCGCGAAGUCCCGCCCCGCUCCCGAUGGCCGCGCAGAGCUGCCUGCAGUCCCCGGUUCAGCGCAGCUCUGCACGGCCACCGGGAGCCGGGCGCGAAGUCCCGCCCCGCUCCCGAUGGCCGCGCAGAGCUGCCUGCACUCCCCGGCUCAGCGCAGCUCUGCGUGGCCACCGGGAGCCGGGCGCGAAGUCCCGCCCCGCUCCAGAUGGCCGCGCAGAGCUGCCUGCAGUCCCGGGAUCAGCGCAGCUCUGAGCGGCCACCGGGAGCCGGGCGCGAAGUCCCGCCCCGCUCCCGAUGGCCGCGCAGAGCUGCCUGCAGUCCUGGGAUCAGCGCACUUCUCCCCAUCGCCAGCCCCACAAGCUCGGGGGACAGCGGGGAGGCAGAGCGCGCCUUCCUGCUGUUCCCCGACCUGGUUCUUCCAGCCCCGCACCUGGGGGGGGGGAAAUAAAUUUUUUUUUCUUUAUUUCCCCCCCAAAAAACUAGGUGCGUCCUAUGGGCCGGAGCAUCCUAUGGGGCGCAAAAUACAGUAAUUUAUGGAUGUUUUUGUUUAUUUUAUUUCUUUCAAUAUUCAGAAUAUUUAGAUCAGUGGUUCCAAAAAAUGCAGCAAUUUUCAAGUUGUUGGGGGUGGGGGAUAGUUUUGCAACCACUGAUCUAAACGUUCCUCAGCUCUUUCUGAAUGUACUAAUAAUUGCUGAUGAAGAAAGUACCUAAGUUUGUGUAAUGGGAUGGGCCACAACCUAACUGCAUAAGACUGAACUGCAAAUACCGUAUUUUGCGCCCCAUAGGACGCUCCGGCCCAUAGGACGCACCUAGUUUUUUGGGGGGGAAAUAAAGAAAAAAAAUUUUAUUUCCCCCCCCAGGUGCGGGGCUGGAAGAACCAGGUCGGGGAACAGCGGGAAGGCGCGCUCUGCCUCCCCGCUGUCCCCCGAGCUUGUGGGGCUGGCAAUGGGGAGAAGUGCGCUAAUCCCGGGACUGCAGGCAGCUCUGUGCGGCCAUCGGGAGCCGGGCGGGACUUCGCGCUCGGCUCCCGGUGGCCGCGCAGAGCUGCGCUGAGCCCGGGACUACAGGCAGCUCUGCGCAACCCUCGGAGCCAGUCUCCCGAGGGUUGCGCAGAGCUUCCUGAAGCCUGGAGAGCGCGAGGGUCGGUGCGCACCGACCCUCUCGCUCUCCAGGCUUCAGCGACAGCCUGCAGACGCCCCAUAGGACGCACACACAUUUCCCCUUCAUUUUUGGAGGGGAAAAAGUGCAUCCUAUAGGGCGAAAAAUACGGUAAGUCUGCAACCUUUAUAAGUUCCUACAAAUUCUGGCCUUCUUAAAAGAGAAUAUGAACACAACAAACUGUUAUCCAUCAAUGAUUUAUUGCUUGUAUUUAUUUAUUGCCUUUAUAUGCCACCUUUAUCUUCCAAGGAUCUCAAGGUGGUGUACAUGGUUCUUCUCCCCAUUUCAUCGUCACAACAACCCUGUGAGGUAGGUUAGGCUUACACCAUGCUGGCAUAUAUUCUUCUUGAUAUAUAUUUUUAUAUUUAAAUUAAUAUUAUAUAUUCUUCUUGAUUUAUAUUCCUCUUGAUUUCGCCCAGCAACAGACAAUUUGUAACUCAACGCAACUCUCGAGUGGUGUUUCAACUUCACAACAACCCUCUGAGAUGGAUGAGACUUUAAGACACAGUGAUUUGGCCAGCUCAAGUUCUGACUCUUAAGAAACUGGCUCUAUUAUUUGGAAGUUGAGAGUUAGCACUAAUUUUUAGUCCUUUGCCUGAAUUUAGUAAACACCUUCCUGUGGUGAUCCAUAAAUUUGUUUUGAGUCUUCCUCAAGACCUUCCUUGGCAUUUGAGCCAUUAUUGGUAGCCUGCUAGUUUGGGGAGAUAUAAAUAUAAUGAGCCUAAUAUCACUGGGAUAGAAUUUCACCAUUGUAUUAUGCUGGUGUGGAAAGAAUUACACUGGCAAGCAAUUAGCCACUAGGCUAAGAUGAAGGUGCUGGUACUUGUGUGGAAAGCCCUAAACUGCUUGAGACCAGGAUACCUAAAUACUGUAUAUUCACUGCAUUCACUAAGAGUACCCUGAAGAUAUUGUCUUAUCAGGGACAUCCAUUCAACACAAAUUGAGCUUUAACGUGAUAGCACCUACCCUACUACUCACUCCCAAUCCACACCAGACAUCUUUUUUCAGAGCCUGUUAAAGAGUUUUCCUCUUUCAACAAGCUUUCAAGAUUUUUAUCUCGGUUGGUACGUGUAUUGGAUUUGAAAAUGUGUUUAUGAAUAUGCGAUAGUAUCUGCUUUCUUGGAGGUUUUUAAGUAGAGGUUGGAUGGCCCUCUGCCAUGGAUGCUUUAGCUGAGAUUCCUGCAUUGCAGGGGGUUGGACUAGAUGACCCUUGGGAUCCCUCCCAACUGUGUGAUUCCGUGAUUUAUGCAUGUAAUAUGUGUUUUUAUUGUAUUGUGAAAUUGUUUUGUGAUGCUUCAUGAGAAGAAAUUUAUAAAUGAAAAUUAAUAACAAUUAUAAUGUCUCUUUGGGUAGUGUAUCUAUUUCUGAGGAUAUUUCCCCAGUUGCUGAACCUUAAUUGGUGGUAAAUUGAGAUCUUGGUUUAAGUCAUGAUCAUUCAUCUGCAGAAUAACUUAAUUGCUACUUUCUAAAUGAAAAGUGCCCUAAUGAUAUUAUGGGCAGCAACAGCAUAUCCACUGUAACGUGUUCACUGUGUUUGUUCAAACAUGAUUAUAAUUUGUCUUUCUUGUAAAUAAGAAAUGCUAAUUAGCUUCUGCCCUGCCAGCCUAAGAACAUUGCAAUACUGUAUAGCCUUCGGUGUUGACUAAAGCUAUCCACAUCUCCCUUUACUUUGUACAAUAAAAAGCCCUGUUAUCAAAUGGCAAAACUUCCAAAAGCUCAACAGCUUCAGCAGGAAUCCCUGAAGGCACAGCAGCAAAAUUAUGCACAAUAACAGUUGAUUUCACUACCUCUAAAAGUUCUUUGUGUUUUUCCAGCAAACACCCUCUAGGCCAGGAGUGCCCAAACUUUUUUGAAAGAGGGCCAGAUUUGAUGAAGUGAACAUGUAUGAGAGCCUACUGAAGUUGUUGUUGAGCUUUUUUUAGGAUUGAAGUUUACCCCAAAAUUCGGGGGAUUAGGCCCCCGAAACAGACUUUGGACAUGCCUGCUCUGGGCUGUUAGUAACAAGUCAGCUACUCCCUGCUAACCAACUGCUGGCUCUGCAGUCUUUAUCAAUACUAUCAAUAUUCUCAUUAUUCUUCUUUCCUUCCCAUCUGUUGCUGUGCUUUAAUUCUCAUUCAUUUGUAUGACACUGAUUCAUAUCUUCAUAAAGGGGUGAAUAUCAAAUAAACAGGAAUGUUUCAGAAUUUCUUCUGAGAGUUAAGAUGCUGCUUCCAGAUUGAUACAGGGAUGCAGAAUCUGUGGUACCCCAGAUGUUGCUGAACUUCAGCUCCCAUCAGCCGCAUCCAUUUGAGAUAGUGGGAGUUAUAAGCCAUCAACAUCUGCAUGACCACAGCCUCCUCACUCCUCUUUUAAUAAAUGGAUUGGAUUUAUAUGUACACUGAUUGCUACUUCCCUUUUCUCCCAUUUUUAGGGUUAGGCGUGGAAUGUGUUCGUUCUGUGCCGCGAAAUGGUUGCUGCUGUUAGGUGGAGCACCGACUCCUACAUAUCAGUGUUGACAGCUCAUAGGUACUGAAGAAGCUGACUUCUUUUGUUUCCCUCACCAAGAUGCCCAGCGAGAGCCUCCAGAGUAGCAGUGGGGUGGCGGAGGAGCCUGCCUUAAGGGAGAGUAAGGGUGGGGCACAGAGCCCUCACUGCAACUCCUUGCGCAGGGCUGUAGCUACUGCAGUGACCUUCGAUGGAGAAGCCACCACCGAGAGACGGAAGAAGAGGAAGAAGGAGUCCCGCCCAGAAUCGAUCAUCGUCUACCGAUCGGGGAACGAGAACAAGGUGGAUGAAGAACAGGUGGAGGAGGAUGGGGGCGAGAGAAGCUCAGAGGAAGGUUCCAAGUUCUUGGGACACUCUGCCGAUGGUAAAUGCCCGAGACCAAGUGGUCUGUGAUUCAUCAGGCACGCUUUGCUGCCUUACCAGAGUGCGAGGAAAGGAGCUUCUGUGGCUUCUUUCACAAUGGGAAGUGUUACACGCAGUUUGUGCUUUCGACCCAUUAGCUGCUGAGUUUUAGUGGGUGAUCAGCUACCCUUUUAAUAGCUUGCAGAGGGUAGUCAAAGUCCAAACACAGCUAUAUCUUGCAGUCGGUUCUUUAUUCAAUAACAAGGUCUAAACAUGAUCCCUGUCCAUUCAUACUGAAGCAUAUGACCCAGGUGGCCAACCUUGAGAGCAGUUGAUCAUGUAGAGAGCAGAGUUCUGGCAAUGCAUAGUCGCUACCGCUGGACUUGCCUUGUUAAUCUCGAAAAUCCUAGGUGCGCAAGUCUUCACUUUAUAUUGCUGAGUUUUCACCUUGAAGUUAUAAGUGGGUGAUGUUAACUGUUGAGCUGAACCCAUUAGAUCAAAGGUCAUUAGGUUAGUUUCUAAGACCCCCAACCUCACCCUCCUGCGUUUGUCCCAGUGUAUGGUAUUCUCAGAGAAGCAGGUUCCCACUCACAGGUCUGUUGAGCUUUCAGGGUUCCUGGAGCAAUUAAAACAAAGUCUCUAAAAUAAAUAAAUAGAGUCUUGGCUUUCAAGCAUAUUCAAAAUAGCCAUUGAUUUUUAAUAAAAAUAAUUCCAUUUCUUUCCUACCUUUCCUCCAAGGAGCUCCUCCCUUCCCUUUUUAAUCCUCAUAACAACCCUGUGGGGUAGGCUGACAGACAGUGACUGGCCCAGUGAGCUUGAUGGUUGCAUGAGGCUUUGAACCCCAGUCUCCCUGGUCCUAGUCCAACAUUCUCAACUGCUACACCUACACUACGCUCUAGUCCCAGCUUUUCAAGCUGUCCAUUAACUCCGCUUCCCAUCUUUUUAAGGAAAUACAUCCACACCAUUCUCACCACCACAGAUUCUAUCCCUGGUCUUUGUCUUCCGCCAUUUAGGUGAAAUAGCCAAACAAUCAUUAAUCCCACACAUUCACUAAACUUUCUCCAUUUAUUCUUGCCCUAACAGAAGCAGUUCUCAAAUGAUGAGUUAUUUCUUGGCCUUUGGUGUCUCCAACAUUUGUGCAAUAAAUCCAGAGGUUUUUCCUGCUUUUGGUGUCUGGAAAAAUGUAAUUCUUAGUUGUGACAAUGUAGAGGAGUAUCAUUAUUUGAUGAGAAAUAUGGGGAAAAUAAAACCAGGAAGUUUUCAGCCUGAUCAUACGUAGUGUUGCGUGCACCUAAAACCCUUGUUAAUGACACACUCAAUGUCACAUUAUUGUGUGUGGGUGUGAUUUAUUAAUUAUUACUUUUGGACUAACAUUCAGCCUUAUGCACACUAGCAUGGGAGAUAAUCCUAUGGAACACAGGGGGCCUUACCUGUGAGUAAAUAUCAUAUAUUUAAAUUCAUGGCUGUGUGCUUUUGAACUACACAUUCUUCAUCAGAUAUAAACAUUCAGAGCACAAAUAAUACAAAAUAAGCAUAAAAGAGCAGAUAGCUGGAGCAUAUUAUGUUAAUUGGAUUACAAAUAACUGAAUUAGCAAAGUGACUGAGAAUUCACAGACCUCCCUGGAGCAAAAUGACUCAGAAUUUACAGUCCCACUCCCUGAGGACUGUUUAUAAACCUUAAAUGUCUCCCAUUAGUAAUCUUUUUUCUAAACAAAAAAUAAUAAUAAAACACUGGUUCUCCUCACAGAGGAGCCCCAAUUGCUUUGAUGGUGCUUUUCUCUACCGUUAUCUAUAUCUUUACCAUUAAUAGAAAUCCUCUGUGAUAUUAGGGAACCCGACUAGUACUAGUAUUCCAUAUACAGUAUAUAGCGCAGGAAUGGGGAAUCUGUAGUUCUUCAGUUGUUGGACUACAGCUCUGUUUGUGCCAGACAAUUAGCCAUACUGGCUGAGGGUGAUGGGAGUUGUAGUCCAACAAUAUCUAGAGGAUCAUGGGUUCCUCAUCCCUGAUGUAAGACAUUGUGCUACUUAAUGUUUUAAAUCCCUUUUCUAAUAAUUCUGCCGUUUUCGCUGCCACUGAAUACUGAGUUGACAGUUUUCAGCAAACUGUUCACAACAAGCCUAAUGCAUAGUUUUCUAGAUAGACAUAAACAGUUUAAAAACUUUAUUUUAUUGGUCUGUUUGCAUAACUUUUUAAAAAUCUCAUUUUCUUGCCCAUUCACAUGGUUUUGAGAGAUCAGCUUGGACCAUCUGCUUUAAAUUUCAUUAUCCUGAAUAUGUUGGUGUCAUUCACAAACUUGGUUCUCCCCUCACACCUGAUAAUUUAUAAAUGCUAAAUUGUACUGGGUCCCCACUGUCUACAUCCCUCCAUUAUGAAAACUGUCAUUUUAUUCUUUCUUCUGCUUUCUGAUCUUUAACUAGCAUGUUUUUUCCAUCUGCUAUUUCACCAGCACGUGAGCGAAUGGUAACCACGAGAAACCUUGCUGUGCCAUCCUAACUUAACAAAACCAUGAUUAAUCUCUACUAUGGUUUGUUGAAACAAGCCAACUUAAAAUCAUAAUUUAAGAAGCUGGGCUAUUUCAAGAAACCAUAGUUGAGUAAGCCACAGUUUAGUAUUAGGAUGUAGUAGUUAAUUUUAAAUGGAAGCAUAGCUUCUGAUUUCCUCACAAGGUGAUGUAUUUUGUUUCUCCCUUUCCUCAUUUAAUCCUCAGAACAUCCCUGUUAGGUAGGUUAGGCUAAGGGGUGGUGACUAGCCCAAGGUCACCCAUUGAGCUUCAUGGCUGAGUGGAGAUUUGAACCCUGGUCUCCCAAGUCCUUGUUUGACCUCUGAGCACUACUCCACACUUGCUCAUUAAAGACAUAAGGGCAGUGCAGGACACGACUGGUUUUCCCAGGUCAGUUAGGAAUUCUGCACAGGAACAUAGGAAGCUUCCUAUAUGAACAUAGGAAGCCUUAUAUGGAGUUGGACCAUUGGUCUGUAUCUAACUCAGUACUGUAUACAUUGCCUAGCAGAAGCUCUCCAGAGUUUCAGCCAGGGGGUCUCUCCCAGACCUACCUGAAGAUGCUGGGGAUUGAACCUGGGGCCUUCUACCUGCUAGGCAGGUGCUCCUAUCACUGAGCUGUUGUGUUAUUUCAAUGUUUAUCCCAUCCUUCCUGAGAAGCUGAAGGCAGCUUUUUAUACUGUGUCACUAUUUGUUGCAGAGAAAGAAUUCGUUAGCAAUUUGUCAACUGCCCCCACAUUGUUUUAUUUUGCCUUAAGGCAUGCUAUAUGGUUCAGUUGCUUGAAAUGUGUUGUUGAGAGAGCUCCUGAAAUGAGCAUCUUGCCGAAUAAGUGUGAAAUAGCUGGAGCAAAUUACCUAGUUUUCCCCUGUGCCGAGAUAGGAUUCCUUGAACCUGCACAACCCUAAAAGAUUAACCUAUGUACCGUUUAUAUGCUGUGUGCAGAGCUAACAACAUUGCAUCUUUUAGGGUUGUGUUUGUAAAAUCAGAAGCUUUGGUAAAACCAAACCGAAAUGCCUCAGACAGUUUUAAUUCUUUGCAGUUUUCCAAAAUACUCUUACAACACUGCUGAAAAUGCCAUUAAGUUCUGCUUUAGUUUUCUGUCUUGAACUGAUUUAGUUUAUCUUUCUUCCUAGGUUCUUGGGCCAUGCCAUUAGAUAGCAGAUACGUUACUUUAACUGGCACCAUCACAAGAGGAAAGAAGAAAGGCCAGAUGGUGGACAUUCAUGUUACACUCACUGACAAGGAGCUGCAAGAACUGACCAGGUCGAAAGAGCCUCCCAAAACGGACAUCCCUGAAGGGAAAAAAGCUUGUGAGGUUGGUCUUUCUAAAGGCCCCCAUGUCCUUCUCUGGAGCCUCACCUGUCUCCCCGUCAUCUUCAUCAUGUCCUUUGUGGUGUCCUUUUACUAUGGCACCAUUGCUUGGUACAAUGUCUUCCUGGUCUACAACGAAGAGAGGACCUUCUGGCACAAGAUCACCUUCUGCCCUUUCCUAAUUAUCUUCUACCCCAUCAUCAUCAUGGUAGUGUCCUUCUCUUUGGGCCUCUACACAGCAGUGACACAGAUCUCGUGGGCCUUUGGGGAUUGGUGGCAUGCCGUGAGGGAUAUGGAGAAAGGAUUCUGUGGCUGGCUGUGUAGCAAGAUGGGCCUGGAAGACUGUUCCCCAUACAGCAUUGUUGAGCUACUAGAUUCUGACAAUGUCUCCGGGAGCUUGUCAGCCAAAGGCUCAGCCCAAGGUGAAGAGAUUUCAGCUGUCUGAGCCUUUGCUUUAAGUGUCUCUAACUUUUCAUGUUCACUUGCAUUGCAAAUGUACUUCGGGAGGCAUGCACGUACAGGGAAUAAAGCCAAUUCAAACAUUUGGGGUGGGGCAUGGGGAGAAAAGGGGGACAGUCCUUCCUAGAUGGUACCACUUCAAAACCAAGGGGUGAUUACAAGUUUUAAUACAUUCCCCACCCUGCCCCCAUCAAAAAUCAUCUUCUUGUGAAAAGCUAAAGUGUUCAAGGAAAGUUCCAGCCUAGCUGUGUUUUUGAUUUCCUAUUAUGUCUGACCUACCCAGACCCAGUUUACACCACUCCAGGCUACAGAUGAAGGGUCGCCUGUUUGAAUACAUUAAAUGUCUUCCUGUACAUUCAAAAGCAGCACAUAAUUGAGAAGAGUAAACUCUUCUGACAUGUCUCUCCUGUGUGUGUAGGAAUUUGUUUUUUUGUGCGAUAACAUCCAACCCUCAUUCCCUAUCCAUUGCCUGAUAUGGUUCAGCCCAGGUACAGCUUUGCCACUCAAGUCUACUGAUUGUACACACUGGCAUUUAGAUUCUCAAGCGAAUAUGAAGUGCCAAUGUUCUGGGUGAAGAAUAUCCCAUUCUUUAUAAGAUGACCAUUCAUGACUGGCUACUAAUAUUGCUGAUCUGAUCAGUGCUCUCUGUUGUGUUUUAUUAAAGCGCACAGUUUAGUGACAAAAAGUCUGUUGUUUGGCAGGGGGUGUUGCUUGGUUGGGAGGGGUGGGGAAAUAAUAAAAUUUGCCCCCAAACAUUUUUAUUUUGCAAACUGGAUCUUCCAGUGUGAAGACGCAGGUGCAAUCUUCCACUUGAUGCCUGCCUUCCUUGUGUGAAAAGCAGGAGCUAAUAGGUGCUAUGGGUAAUGACUGCGAUCUGAAAUGCACCAAGUAUGUUGCAUUAAGACAGGGCCCAGGGACAACUAAGCAUAGCCUGUGAUGCUGUAGGACGCUGUCUUAAAAACUUAGAGUCCCAAGAAUGGUCUCCAGGGAAAGAAGCGAGGAACCUGAACCUUCCAAGCCCUAUCAGUCCUUCCCUUAUUUUACCCGACCCACAAAGAGUUUUUCAGUGGUCUGUCGUCGUCCCCAUUUAGUCACCACAAAUUUUACAUCUAUGUAAUGUUUGUUAAAAGGUGUUAAAUCUAGUGUCUAGUUUAGACAAGCUGAAUUAGAAGUUUUCCUUAAUAUAAUAUAAUGGAAUGGGGUGGGGGUGGGGAACCUGUACAAAAAAGAUGCACGUGUAAAUCAAGUUGUAUGUUUGUGUAAGUAGGUAAUUAGCACAAGCCUUAUUGAUUGCACAGAUUAUAUAAUGGGGGAGAGGGAAUUGAUAUCAUAAAUGUUACAAUAGAGUGCUCUAUCUUACUGUUUGUGUAGGGCAAAUACUGUGGUAUUUGGGGCUGGUAAUUACACAGCACCUACAUAAAUGUUCUGUUUUCUACUAUGCAUUAUUGGGCUUUCUUGCUCCUUAGUCUACUGCAGUUUUCCCCAACCCAGGUGCCAUCCAGAUGUUGUUGGGCUCUUCAUUUUCAUCAGUCACAGCCCAUAUGGUUGCUGGAGUCCAGAGCAUUUGGAGACCACCAGGUUGGGGAGGCCUGAUCUGUUGACCCCUGUGAGAUAAGCAAGGUUGAGCCCAAGUGCUGGUGCUAUUUGUAUUUGCCUUUGGUACGCCUUUCUGAGCUGUAGAUUCUUCUCUUAUCACAAGCUUUAGUCGCCUAAUGCUGCAAAGUGUCUGUAAAGCUUACUAACUUUAUUAAAAGCCAUGCUGUAGUUGAAAAGCACAAUGUAAUUUCCUUCCUCCACUCACAAUGUAUGCUGAUUGUGUGCCAUUGGGUGUGUUCAGAUAUAACACUAUUUGAGGAGUGGUGCCUUUUGGAAAGUAUGUUUGUCACAUUCUGUUCAAAUAAACUUGUUUUCUUUCCAGAUCAACCUGGGGCGGGGGGGCGACGAUUCUGCAAUUUUGUAUCAUAAGGUGUCUGCGCACAGCAGCGACUGGCUGAUACCAGUGACAGUACCUAUCCAUUCCUCCCCUGUCCAGAGCAGUUUUGCAACUUCAAAAAGACCUUUUUUUUUUAAAAAAAAAGGUGACCAGGAACACUUAAAAUCACAAAUGUGUAUGAAGUUUUAAUAAAUAAUUCUUUAACAGGUCAACAGCCUGCCCAAGACAUGGCAGGAGGAGGUGCAAGACUGAUGACUAAAUCUGUGUUUUAGUCAUUGAUAUGUGCAUCCAUCAUUUUAUAUUAGAAGUGGGCAGAAUGUAUCUCAGGAUCUACUGGUGGAACUCAAAAUAAGUUGCAAUAGUUCCCUGUACCACCCACCCUGGUAAAUUAGGCUGCAGAAAGGAAAACCUUUGGAAAACCAGGACUGGAUUUUAGUGUGAAAGGCUUGUGAGCUCAGUUCUAUUACAUUAAUCACAAUGUCUUGAUUGGAUAUGUGCUGAGAAGUACACUUAAUUCUCCUUGUAUGUUCACUCUCACACCUGGCUCUGGUUGGUGCAUCUUGAGGUUCUAGUAAAAAUGAAAGUAGAUCAUGCAAGGUCGAAGGCUGCCCACCUCUGAUUUAAAGUGUGGCUGAAGUCAGGGUAAAUUCUGUGGUGGCUCCUGCUUUAAUGAUACAUCUGUAUGCACCCACUGUUAACUUGCUGGACUUCCCCAAAGAGGCUUCCUAGCUGAAUGUGUCUAGUUACUCCCAUGUUUGUAUUGGGAGAUUUAAAUACCUUUUUCUUAAUAUUUAUUUAUAUAUUUCUGUCCCGCCUUGAUCUUUGGCCUCAAACGUGUACCCUUUCCCCUUUCCUUCCUUGACUUAUAUUAAAGUGCUAUGGAUGGUGACACUGUAGUUAUCAUUUCUUCUUUACCUUUUGCUUCUACCUUCUAUCUUGGGGUGCUUUCACUCCCCCUCUCGCCAACCUUCCCAUAAGCCGUUCUGCAGUGAGACAUAGACCUUCUUGAUCUCCUUUCUUUCAAACCUAAUCCAUUGUUAUUACAGAUUAAUGUUCUGCUGAAGUUGGUGGCAUUUCUUACAUGUGUUUUGGAAAAUCAGGAAAUACGAGAAACCAAACACAGAAGAUUUAUCAUUGUUACUGUCCUAGUACAGUUCAUCAGAUGAUUUUAACAGGGUUUCAGUCAAUUUGUAUAGGAAGACAAAUUUGUCUUUCAUAAGAUUAAAAUAAAAAGCUCUUUCAAUGUUUGUGAUAAAAAGCCUUUGUUAAACCAUGGGAUUUCCCCCCCGCCAAAAAAAAGUUAGGAAAAUGCUAAGCAAAUAUCUGCCCUUGUGACCUCUCCCCCUCCCUCAUUCUCAAUUGCACAUAUUAUUUGAGACCUGGGAACCUUCUGGUUUGUGUACUGAUGCCUUGCAGUAAAUCAGGAAAUAAAAUGUUCUCUGUCUCUCAAGGCUCAAGCAUAGCUCCAUCCCCAAGCAGUUUCUUGGUUCUUCAUGGCCUGACCAUAAUAUCAAUUAAGGAAAAGCACUUACGGACCUCCAGGUGAUGGUUGACUACAACUCUCAACAUCCCUCACCACUGGGAAUGCUGACUAGGGCUGAUGGGAGUUGGAGUCCAACAACAUCUGGAAGACCACAGGUUAGAUUAGCCACCCCAAGAUACUGGGCCCAACCAGGAAGCAUGUGUCAGUGAUGCCUGCCAGGUAUGUACAAAUUCCUGUGUGUGAAUGAGAAUCUGGUGGCAUCCAUAGUCACUUCUGUAAUCUGUAAACUUAAGUCAUAAUUCAGGUUUGUUCGAUAGCACACUAAUGUUGACAUUGGCUGUUUGGGGGAGGGUGUCAUGUAGCUGCAGUGUGGCUGGCGCAUUUGAGCAGAUCUGCUUCCAUGAGAGCGGGGAGGGAAGUCCCAUUACAAAAACGGACAUAAUUUCACGUGCAUGAGGAGUUAGUUCAGGGUCAGCAAACUUUUUCAGCAGGGGGCCAGUCCACUGUCCCUCAGACCUUGUGGGGGGCCAGACUAUAUUUUGAAGGGGGGGGGGAAUGAACGAACUCCUAUGCCGCAUAAAUAACCCGGAGAUGCAUUUUAAAUAAAAGGACACAUUCUACUCGUGUAAAAACAUGCUGAUUCCCAGACCGUCAGAUUGAGAAGGUGAUUGGCCCCAGGCCACAGUUUGCCUACCUAUGAGUUAAUUGAAUACCACCCUACAUUUCUAGCAUUUGUAGAACCUGAGAUAAUGUGACAAAACACAUGGGCACUGCUUUCAUUUCUUUAUGGGGAACUAGGCUGCUUCCCACUUCCAGUAUUUUGCUUUGUCUCCCCAUCCCAAAAGAUUCCUGCAGAUGCCCAUGUCCAAAACUCGCCACCCAUGAGUCUGCUUCACUGUCAAAACAUUUCUUACCGUGGGGAAGUGUUUCCUAUUAAUUGUUUGCGUUUCUGUCUUUAUAAACUGCCCUGUGAUCCUCUGACGAAGGGUGGCAUAUAGACUUAAUAAGUAAAUUAUAUAUCCUCGCCUCAAAACAUGACAAAACAGAUAGCCAGUUUGCAUUGUGGUAAUGGUAGCACAAUGAGUAAAUGUUUGUGGUUUUACUCUUUAUUUGGUAUCUGCUGUAUUCUGUCUGCUGCACUGCAGCAACAAUCCAAAUUGUAACAAGCCAGACAGAUCUCAGUCUUUUGCAAACAGAAGCAGUUAUUCCUGAGAGUUUGCCUGCUUCAUUUUUAGAAAGUUUUAAUCUGAUUAAAAUAUUUGAAUCAGU